UAUAACCGAAGUAUUAUUGCUGGGAAAAGGUGAUCAUAUUGAUCGGAAGCUCUUUACAACAUUUCCGUCACCUCCAUCCAUCCAUCCACCUUUUUUUUUUUAUCAUCAUCUUCCUCUCUCUCUUCGACUCUCGCUCUUCUUUUCCUCUCAGACAUGUCAAGUGGAUCCGUGAGACGGGUUUCUCGGGAAGAUAUACAGCUGGUACAAAAUCUCAUAGAACGAUGUCUGCAACUAUAUAUGAACCCAAAAGAAGUUGUGGAAACUCUACUAGCUCAAGCAAAAAUUGAGCCUGGUUUUACUGAACUUGUUUGGCAAAAGCUCGAAGAAGAAAAUCAAGAAUUUUUCAAGGCCUAUUAUCUGAGGUUGCUGCUGAAGGAGCAAAUAACAGAGUUCAACAGGUUGCUGAAGGAACAAGCUGAGUUAAGUCAGCUACAAUCAACUGCAGUUGGUUUGCUACCUAACUCUAACGGUUCACAUAUUCCUCCAUUACCUCAGAAUCCAUCUUGCUAUGCUUCUGAGCAAGCCAGUGCAGCUGUGAAGCCAGAGAAUAUGCGACAUGGUCUUGAUUCUACCCUGCAUGAUGUGUUUAAUAAUGGUGGGUCGUCGCUGAACACCAGGGUACGCGAUUUGGCUCAGAUGUCUGCUCGUGGCAAUAGGAUUAGCAGCCCACCAAGCAUGCUUUCAUCUCAAAACUCAAGCUUGGGUUUGAUUCAAGGAAUUAAUGGGGGGAUGAUAAAAUCAGAACCUGGAUAUUCAGGUAGCCCUCCUUAUAUUUUUGGUCCUGAUGGCACUGUCUUGGAAGCAUGCCCAACUAUUGGUGAUGCAGCAGUUACAUCAUUCAAUAGUGUUGACUCAAACUCUCAUUCUAUGAAUGGAGCACUCCUGGACCCAGAUAUUUCAUCCUUCGGAGUUUUGGGGCAGAUUUCUAGAAACCUCAGCCUUUCAGAUCUGACAGCUGAUUUUUCUCAGAGUUCUGAUAUAAUGGAGAGCUAUCCAAGGUGUCCCUACCUGGGUACUACGAAUGAGAACUUCCUUCAAAAUGGAGAACAAAGUUGAACAACAUCGCUAAAAUGAAGUGCUUGUAAAUAGAAGUUUAGAAGUUUGACGGACUAUGAAAUUCCAACUCUUCGGUGAACGUGUGUAUAGGAGUUCACUAACCACAAUCUGUAGUAAUGGGAAAUUAAAUUUGAAAGGAUUUGUAUGUUCUUAAUAAAUAAUGAACUCCUCUUUUAUUUUGGGUUGUUUUUUGUUCUGUGUCCAUUCGGGUACAUAGCUUUGCAUAGUGUUUUUUUUUCUACUUUGUUUAUAUACUAGCUUUAUUGCGAUUUGAUGUUGUUAUUUAUAGCUUAGAGUGUAUUAAACUGUGUUUACAGAGUUGUAUCUACAGUCUACACCUGAUCAAAUGAAAAACACUGCUAUUACUUGCUGAACA